AUGUCAAAAUCAUCGUUUAAUCCACAAGUCGAGGAUCCUGUGCCCUCCUAUGAAGAGAGUAUAGGAUCCUCUACUGCCACUUCGUGGGCCGCAGCUACACUCCAUCAACAACUGGACGAUACCCGACUAACGCGGGUGCGAGACAUCCUUACAACCUACGUCGAGCCCCUUCUUGCUGUGCAGGGUGCGUCGGGCAUUUACAAAACUAUUUUCUUGCUUGUUCCUUCCAACGUGGACUCUCUGCAACAAAAUCAUGUCUCGAGCUCAGAUUACUCAUCCUCAUACUCACAACCAAAGGAGCCAGAAGUAGUCGGGUUUCCAGCCACGGAUGUCGUCAAGCUCAUUCGUCUCAAGGGGGAAGAACAUACAGUUGAGUUCUGGAGACAGCCUGCCAUUAUGGAAGAGCUGGCGAGUAGUUUGCGCAUGCGACUGAAGACGAGUGGUCAUCGUGUUGAGGAGCAAUCCAUGAUUGAGCCAAACGCAACGCAGGUCAGUCAAAGCGAAUCAAACAGGGUUAGGGUUAAUGAGAAAAAAUCAGGAUGGUUCAAAUCCAAGGCCAGAAAACCAGAAAAACCAAAGUCGCUGUGGACCACUACAGCUCCGUCUGAAGCGACCAUUAUCGAUCAGAAACUGGGCUGGCGAGCAACUCAUGAAGGUCUCAGUGUUACCAACAGCAUUGAUAAACCCCUGAGUAGAGGUACGGUUCGCGUGCUUGUUGAGUGGAAAGAGAUUUGUCUUAGGAGUGAGAAUGCGGUUGGGCUGUAUGAGACUCAGAAGGGGCCAGGGAUUUGUCUGUCUGUCGAGGGUGUAGCCUGA